AUGGCAUUUCCUUUUGAGCCAACACAGUUAAGGGCUCAAUUAAGAGCAUACCAUUGGGCGAUAGGCAAAACAGAGACAGACCCGGCUUCUAACAUUAUCAAGCCUCUUCAGCAGGGCCUCUUCUAUGAACAGACAAAUGAACGGUACUUGAAACAUUUGUUGUCGUCGUCGCCUCCCAUACCCUAUAAAAUUCCCACAGACUCCGCUCAUUACACAGCGGCCCAACUAGGUCACCGUAAAGGUGUCUCUACGAAAUCAGCCUUCAAGUCGCAAAGAAGUGAAAAGAAAGCAAAUAAACAAGCUAAACCGGAGAAAAAAAUGCGUAGAACGCAUUCCACCACGACCGGCACAUCCAACGAUACGAUCAGUGAAGGUUUUGUCUUCAAUGAACUGUCAGUAACUGUUUCGAUGGAUAAGACUCUUUCAAACGAAGAUUCUUCCAAGCCCAAGGCAAAGGAGAAAAUAAGGAACCCACUAUCUAAGCUCUUCAAUAAAUCUGAUAAACAGAAAGAUGAAGACCUAUCAGAAGAUUCUUCGGAUCGAAUAUCACUCGCGACUGUGGGCUCCGUUGGCCAACUGGUCGCAACAUCGCCAGGUACCACCAGCGGUGCUACAUCAGUGGGAAUAUCCGAUGCUAGUGAAAGUGGAUCUAUUGCCGUUAGUCGCUCUCAAGACUCAGCACUCGAAGGCUCAUCAGCGAGUCGACUAACAGAUGCUAAUUCGCCAGAAAGCGAUCUGUAUAUUGAAGAUGACGAAGAUUACGAGGAAACAGUCGAAGAUGAAAGCGAUCUCACGAUUUCAUCUGCUUUCACUGACAUGAAAUCCGAAUCUUUGGACGACACUAAUGGAUCCUUAAUGUAUGAAUACACUGUUCCUGAGAGCUAUGUUUUACAAGACCCAGAAAUGCCUCGGAAUCGGAAAGGUGGUGAAGAUAAGCUGGUGAGUACGUCUUUCGAUAAAUCUCUUAAGCCGCUGACAUUGACAGCCCUACUUCCUUCAUCGAAUGCUGGAGGCUAUUCCAAAACCUCGCCAUCAAAAAAUUCUGAUACCCCAAACUUCAAGAAGUAUACCUCUUUGAAUUUUCAAAAAAUGUACGAUGUGGUGCAUUCCGCGGAGUCAGAAAAUCAUUCAAAUCUUAGUUCUUUGAUUCAAUCGAGGUUCAAAUUAUCAAACAAAAACCCAUUGAACUAUUUCAGUUACAUUAACACAGAUUCAUUGGUUGAUGGAAGCAAAAAAGUGAAAAUUGACAUAUUUUUACCUCCUAAGACAACUCCAGAAAUUAAGCAGAUGGAAAUAAGUAGCGGGGUAUCAAUUGUGGAUUGCAUUGGUUACAUACUAAUGGUAUUAUCCAAUCGCCGAAAUGCAGAAAAAUUUGAUGUCCAGUCUAUGAACCCAAAUUCCUGGCGAAUUGAACUCAUUGACGAGGACGGAGAGUUAUACGACUCUACAUUCGGAGUGUUAGACAGAACUAGACUUCUAUCUUCGUACAACUGUCCAAACUGCUUGGCAUUAUGCAAAGUCACUGAUGAAGCUGAAAGAGCACGAAAUGAAGUGCAAACCCCUCUACCUUUGGAAUUUAAACAAAAUCUUUCCCAAUACCAUACGAAAGAAUUGAAUACCAAUAACAAUACAGCUUCCAUGGCGAAGUCACCAGAAAAACAAUAUGAUGAAAUGAAGAAUGGAACAAUCGAAGUGAAAGUUGGAAAUAUUCCUGGUACUUCAACUGGGACAUUCGUGAGUUUUUAUAUUAGUUCGGCCACUAAAAUUGCUGACUUACUUGACCUAAUUGGUGAGCAAUAUCACUUUGAUCCCAGCAACUUUCUCGUUGCUAGAAAGAGACUCCAAAGCAACCACAAGGUGAGUGGCAUACUCUCAGAUGAUUCAGAGAAAGAUCUAUGGAUCCCACUUACGGAUAAUUCCCUUGAUUUAGCCCAUUUGAGCUCCAAUGUCUUUCGCUUAGUACCGAAUGUUUCAAAUAAAUAUAAUACGCUCACCAAGGGCGAUUUGAAUAUGGGCUCAAUAUUGGAAAGCGGAAUUACACCUUCAGCAACUUACACUCCAGCAGGAAUAACCCCUCCCCCUGUAAAGCAGUUGGAAGGUAAAUUUCAUGAAAUGGCCAUCGGGUUAAACGACGGAGACGAGCCUCCUAACCAAGAUAAGAGUAACCGUUCAAAUAAUGUUGUGAAAACCCAAGCAAUCUCGAAGUCGAAGCCUACAGUUCCUAUUGGGGACGCUAACUUUAAUUUUGGCGACCUCUUCCAUGGAAAGGGACCGCAGCAGUUACCAGCCACUCUAAACACUAUCUAUUUCAAGUGGAAAGUGUAUCGGAAAAAAUCACCAAUCCUCAAUCGAAUUGAAAAAUCACUUAUUCUUGAUGGCGAUCAUAUACACUUGGCGCCUACCGACGACAUCAAAUGGAAGAGAAAUCCGUAUGAGAAUCCAUUUUCCUCCAGCAACAGCAACAGCAACAGCCAUAGUCACCACCAUCAUCACUACUUGCAUCAUUACAACUACUCUAAGUUCUACAAUGAUACUAUCAUGAAAACAAGUUCGUUUCACAUAACUCAGAUCGUCAAGAUCAAACAUUACAAAGAAAGUAAGAACCCAAAUCAUUUCAAAAUAGUGAUUGAGAAGGCAAAUGAAACAGGUGGUAAAGAGACAACAAUCAAAAAGAAAUACGAUCUUGAGGCGCAAAGUGUUGCAGAGUGCGAGGAAAUUAUUGAAAAAAUUACGUGGGCUCUUCAAGUUUACAAUCUGUCGAAUUUUUCUUGA